GGCUGAUGCAGAAAAAGUGGAGUAUGUCAUAAGUUCAAUCAAAGUAAGAAGCAAAGCAGAUGUAUGGAUACUUGCGUCGAUGAUGUUUUUGUAAACCGAGAAAUGGCUGGAAAUGUGAAUUUUGAAAGCUCUUUGAGUGGAAAAUUCAUUGGGUAUAAACAACUUGCCGACGUACCAAUAUAAUAGCUGUGAGGUGACGUACAGCUGAAUGAGACUUUGCUUCGAAUGUCUUGACGAAGCACGUACGACCUUUAAAACUGUAAAACUGUCUUCGUUGUCUAUCUAAACACGGCUCCUAACAUUGCUUAAAUGGGAAUGACUUCAACCCGUAAUAUUCAAAGCAUGUGUCCGUUUAGUGUGGUUGUGCUUGCCAUGUGCUUUUCGUUACUGCUAACAGGCUUGCCCAUCAAUGCCACAAGUUGUCCUAGUUUUAAACUCGUAAUCAUUGAAAUGAUUGGUGCUACUGAUCUGACAAUUGAUUGUAACACCACAAAUCCAAAUGCCAAUGUAACAUUGCUGUUGGACAAUGUUAGAUUACCUGUUGGGGGCAGAGUUACACUUCACAAGCAAGUCUUCACUAUUCACAACAUUUCAACAAGAGAUACAGGAAGAUAUAAAUGUGUAACCAGUAGUGGUUCAAGCAUGACAGUUUUUUGCCAGACCGUAAUCUACACUUCUGAAGAGAAACAAGCAUGCUGUCCAAAAGUGACUCCUGAAGUAAAGGUUAUGGAGGCUGGUAUGAGCACAAAUUUCACUUGCAAAGCCUAUACUUUUGGUAGUCUCUCAAAGUAUUUUACUUUAAAGUGGUUGAGAGAAGAGAAUGGAACUAGUGUGGAAAUUCGUCAAGGUGACACAAUGCACAAGCAAACUGUUGUAUCAUAUGGCCAUUCUGUUCUUACAAUUACAAAUGCACAACUUACACCAGCAGAGGGUGUAACGUAUCGCUGUCAGAUAACCUACAGGGGUACAGCAUCUUCCUCCCUCCCUCUACGUUUGAUAGUAGUCAAAGAUUUUGCACCCAACAUAAUAUUUUUAAAGUCUUUAGAGGAAUCAGGAACUGUUAAGGAGAAAGAUAAGUUGUCAAUGCGUUGUCAAGCACGCAGCUUCCCAUUGUCUAACAUCACUUGGAUUCAUAAUGGAGCAAAAAUGUCAGUGUGUUUAAUAACUAGAAGUCAGGAUUGCAUGGGGAAAAGUUACAAAGUGCUGCAAGAUACCAAUAAGCAGUGGCUUACCUCAAUUAGCCAACUUAUUAUAGAGAGUACAAGUUUUCCAAGAGAUAAUGGGACUUACACCUGUGUAGCAAGGAACAGCAAGAGUUACGAUGAAAAAAACCUGGAAAUUUCCAUUGAGACUGUACCCACUUUGGAUAAGUCGAAGUCAUUCUGGACAAGUAGAAGAAUCUACUGUGAGAUCAGCCAAUCCAAUCCAUUGCCAACUUUCAAAUGGCAGCAUCAAAAUGGCCCGUGUUUGAACUUCAAUCCAGAAUGUUACCCAGACAACAGCAACUGGAAAGACCUUCCCACUAGCUUUGUCAUUUCCCCACCUAGUGGCGAUGCCACUUACAGGAGCACUGUUGACAUUCCGCUAGACACUCCGUCAGGAUUUUUAAGAUGUUUGGCAGCCAACACAGGAGGAAGUGAUGAAAAUAUGAUGCGAUUCUUUGCUAGUGGUAUGGAUUCUGUCAGAAUCACAACAGCAACAAAAGAGUAUGAUGAAGAUGAUACUUUAAGUAUGAGAUGUGUUAGGAUUUGCAGAGGUAAAAUGACUGGUUGGUACAAAGAUGGUAGACAGCUGUUGGCGGCUACUGAUCCAAGAAUCAAUGUAACAUUCGGGACUGAGAGUGACUUGACAUGGACAAAUCUAGUGGUGGAAAAACUUACUGUCAAUGAUUCUGGAGUGUACAUUUGUGCAGCUACUGACUGUCAAAGUAAACCUUUGAAUGUGUCGAGGGAUAUCAAAGUCAACAAGGUUUUUCCACCAAGUAUACUCAACUUUGAAAAUCAGACAGCUUAUCAUCAAAUUAGCUCUGAAUUAUUUUGUAAUGUUUCUGCUCAUCCGAUGCCAAGUCAGGUACAGUGGUUUAGAGGCAGUCAGCCCCUUAGAAAUCAAAUUGAAGUCAUGGACAGACUAUUACCCUCGGCCUGUAAAACUCGUUCUCCUGGUUUCUAUCGAGUAAAUGGUGUUGUUGGGAAACUCAUCAUUUGUAAGCCUGCAGACACUCUUCAUACAGGGUUCUACACUUGUAAAGCGGCAAAUAGGAAAGGGGAAAGUAACGCUACUGCCUUUCUUAAUGUACUGGAGAACCCUGUGAUUAUACGUCCAGCCAAUGGAAGUCGUUCGGUUGAACUAGGGGAGCCAUGGAAUAGUACGUGCGUAGUCACUGGCAACCCUGUGCCAAAAGUAGAAUGGAAAAGAGUGGAUGGAAAUUUAGUAUUCACUCAAAAACAGUACAACAACGAGGAGGUGGUGUUAAUGUUGGAGUCUGUCAGUAAAAAGGAUCUCGGAAUGUACUUGUGUGUAGCCGUUAAUUCAAAAGGAAUUGCAGUUGCAUUCGUCGAAUUGGCAGAGGCAGACAACCCCCAACCGAGCACGGCUCCAGAAGGAUCAAGCAGAAAGAUGCUCAUCGCUCUCAGUGUUGUUGGAGUGCUUCUCUUUGUCCUUCUUAUCGUCAUCUUAGUCUGUUAUGUAUUUUUUCGCCGCCAGCGUCAGAAGAUUAAAGAAUAUCAGAGUCAGUUUUUCCCUGUGACUUUUGAACACGCUAUGAUUGAUCCCGCCCGACCUCUUCAGUAUCAGUGUGAAAAUCUUUCAUACGAUCCAGAUUGGGAGUUUCCGGAGGAAAGGCUCACUCUCGGGAAGGUGCUGGGAUCAGGGGCCUUCGGUGAGGUCAUUAAAGCAGAGGCCAUUGGAAUUGCGGACUUUCAUCCCCGCGACAAAAGUUCUGAGAAAGUAAAACGUCGGUCCAAAAUACUACGUCGCAUUAGUAGCAGCAGGGUGUAUCAGGAUUCUAGCGGAAUUCCUUACGUGAAGACAACUGUUGCAGUCAAGACGCUGAAGAGUAACGCCAAGAAAGAGGACUUCGCUGACCUCGCCUCUGAGCUGAAGAUUCUUAUACAUGUCGGAGAGCACAUGAAUAUUGUUAACCUAUUAGGGGCUUGUACAAAAGGCGAUCGCUUGUUCAUCAUCAUGGAAUAUGCACCACAUGGAAACUUGUUAAUGUUCCUACGAAACAAGCGAGAAAUUUACGAGCCCACCUGGAUAACUACAACGAAUAACCCAGAAAAUGAACUAACGAUCAAGAAUUUGGUAGUUUUUGCUUACCAGAUAGCACGUGGAAUGGAGUUUUUAACUUCAAAACAGUGUAUUCACAGAGACUUAGCAGCAAGGAAUGUUCUCGUCGGAGAAGAUUACGUCAUGAAAGUCGCUGACUUUGGUUUAGCUCGAAAUAUUUACAAAAGCGAUAUGUACGUGAAACAAACUCAAGGAGUUCUGCCCAUCAAGUGGAUGGCGAUAGAAUCAUUGUUCGACAGAGUUUACACUGAAAAAAGUGAUGUAUGGUCAUUUGGUAUUUGCCUGUGGGAGAUCUUCACGCUCGGGGGAACACCUUACCCCACCCAAUCUGCGGAAGAAGUUAUGGACAUGCUCAGUGACGGUGAGCGGAUGGAGCAGCCGCACAACUGUCCUUUGGACAUGUACGUUAUUAUGAGGGACUGUUGGGAACAAAAUCCUGAUCAGCGGCCUACAUUCUUACAGCUCAGUGAACGAAUCGGAAGGAUACUAGAGUUACACACUUCAAAGCAAACUAACUCGGCAUACGUAAGUAUCACAGGAGACAACCGACCUGCCAAUGAUUAUUACGUCACACCCUAUAAUACAGAAUCCAACUUUCCGCAAACAAGUUUAGCUGGCUUAAACAGACAAACGAGUGACGAUGUUGAGUCCAGUCCCUCUCUCCCGUUGUCUCGAGACAUGGAUACCGAGCAGGAACUGGAUCAAGACGAAAGAUAUAGAAUGGUGGAUCUAGGGGCCGGUGGAAGCCUGUCAGGGAACGAGAGCGGAAUAAGUUUGGAGGAGGGCAACGACGAAGCUUCUGCAGUAGCAGAAUUAAGGCCUCUUCGUGUUUCUGCUAUACCUACCUCAAAAGUAACCGCUAAAGCAAAACUUAAGUCAAAUUCUAAAGAAACUGAAAUAUAACAAGAAGCAAAGCUGUUCCAAAUUCAUAGGCGCUUGCCCAACCUCUAAACUACAGCAACCUUAUCGGUGGAUCUCCCCAUUUUAGGUGUAAAACAUGUUUCCGUAGGUAAGUGAAACGAAUGCGAUGUAUUUUUUACAUGGUAAACACCUUCCAGCUGAUAUGUUUGCUUCGUCGCAUCGCUUUACAGUGUUUUUCUCUCUAACGUAUUGUUAUUUUAAAGUGUAGUUACUUUUUGGAGUGUCAGGGUAUUUAGCAGCGAGAUAAAAUUUCGCCUUUUAACAGUGAGGAAUGCUUCUGGGAAUAUUUACAAAAUGCAUUGUAUGAUCUCGACACAAGAGGGAUGGAGGGAAAAUUUGCCAUCGCUUUAUCGCUUUUUAGGCCUCGGGUAGCCAUUGUAUUGGGUCUCUUGUUCAGAUUUUAGACCAAGAAGGAAUUUUAACCAUUCUGUAUAGUAAUCGUACAAGUUUAAUUCUUCUUAACGUUGAACAUAAAUACAUCAGAAGUACGCUUUUUUUAAAAAAAGUUACGAAUAGAGAUUUUUUUUUCAAUUUACGCGGAUGUACUGCGUAUAACAACAUUAAGCUGAUUGAAGCAUUUUUGAAAGAAGUAAAAAGCGUAUGUCAAA